AUGGCCGAACAAGCCGACAACCCUGUCAAGUAUGACAUCAGGGAGUUUUCGAACUCCGACGAGGACUUCGAGAAGUUAUCUCACAUGUGGGACAUCAUCUUCCCAACGUGGCCAGUUGAGCGACAGCGACUGGAAAAGUUUCUGCGUAUCGUCCCCGGCCAUCACUAUAUCCACGAGAAUGGCUUUGUUAUUGCCUAUCUAUCAGCCGGUGUUGGUCAGAUAGAUGUCCUUGGUGUGCUGCCUGAGCAUCGAGGAAAGGGGCUGGGUACUGCAUUGUUGGAAAAAGCAAAGGCUGCGAUGAGAGAGGCCAAUGGAGAAGAUCUCAAGUCUUUGCAAAUUGGAAGCCAAACUCCCCGGUUCUGGCCGCAGAUGCCAGUCGAUUUCCCGCAGGAAGUAAAGGACUUCUUCAUCCAUAGAGGGUUCCGUCGAAUGGAAAAGAACUCUGCGAUAGAUCUCUUCAAGGACAUUCGCGAGGGCCCCAUUGCACCACCUGAAAUCAUGGAGAAAAUCUCCAAGGUCAAUGUCAAGUUCUGCACAUGGUCUCCGGAACUCGAGGAAGAGUGCCUUGCCAAACAGCGAGCCACUUUUAGGUGGUACAUAGGCUACGAAGCCCUUGCAGCUUACAAACAGCACCAUGAAGCACUGGUGGCCAUUGACCCCGAGACAAACGAGCAAAUCGGAUGGACAUUCAUGUGUUCCUUCUCGUCUAUUAUCAGCGACACUUACGCCUUUAUGCCGCUAUUACCGUCAAAGGACACGACGGGGCUGAUCGCCGCCGUUGGCGUGAGCGAGUCCGCAAGAGGCAAAGGUGUUGGAUUAGCCAUGGUGCCCGGUGAAUGCUUGAUCGGCGAUCCGCUGACCAAUCACAUCGCCUCGGCGACCAAACCACACGCCAAGUCCCCGAUUCCCCGAUCAGACCCUUCAAACCCCGAACGCACCAGGUGGCACGACUCCCUCACCAUCCCCAGACACAAUGGCAGCUCCCAGGAUCACCAAAAGCACCGGGCUGGCAUCCCUCGCUUGCACCGGCUGCAGGAAACAACAUCUCAAAUGCGACGGCAAGAAGCCGACGUGCUCGCGAUGCGUUCAGAACGGGGACUUCAGCCGCUUCGACCUUCGAUUGGACCGGGAGAUGAUGAGAGUGUCAGUGCUACUUCUCCGACUGUGCCAGAGGUUCCUCGUUCAGAGCCUUCUCGCCUAUCAGCGACAGACGAUGCUCCAUCGGAUGGAAAUGUUCUCUCGUACUUUGCCGGGAUAAGCACCGAUCACCUCCUCUGGCCAGGUCUAGGACCCAAAGACUUCAGCAACCAGGGCCAAGUGUCAUCGAUAAGCAGGCCUCCAACCGACAGUGAGCGGUUCAUUCGGAUGUACUACGAGAACUUUCACAAUGCUCACCCGAUCCUUGUUCCGGCAUCCAUGUAUACCUCACGAGCAUAUCCCACUUAUCUACAGCUCGUGGUCGACUUUGCGGGAUCUCACUAUGUUCAACUGAGUCCCUCUGAGCAGCUCAAGACAAAAGCUGCUACGGAGCUUUCUUCCAGCACGGAUAAGUCGGCAUGUAUGGUUCAAGCAUGGUUGAUCUACGCAAUUGUUUUAUUCUCACGGGGCGACCUGACCGAGGCACAAGAUGCCUUUUCACACUGCACGACUAUCGCCUUUGAUAUUGGCCUACAUCGCGCAGAUUACGCGUCAUCUCAACACCCUGAGAGAUCCAUCGAAGCAGAGAGUCUGCGGAGGACAUGGUGGGAGCUCUUCAUCACCGACGUCAUCAUGGCACUUCCUCAAAAGACCAUCUCUUUCCGCUGCAGUGCUGUCUGUCCAGAAGUUCCUUUGCCGUGCGAAGAGUCGCUCUACACAGGCACACACGACAUUCCAGAACCGCGCAGGAUUCUCGACUUCAAGCGGAGGGUUCUUUUCGAAGAGGAUAUCAUCUUUUCGUCUUUCAGCUAUCGGAUCGAAGCUAUCAGCAUCUUGGGACGGGUCCUUGUGCUGAACCGAUUACGAGACUAUCACCGCGAUCACCUUCAAGCAGUCGAGAAUGCGCUCGUCAGUUGGUCAAAUCACCUCCCCACCAAGAAGCUGGACAUCGUGGACUCGUACGGAAACAUCGACGAGAUCAUGUUCCAAGCACAUGCAAUGAUUGCCAACGAGGAUCCCUUCUGGCCUAUGGCGCAGGCCCAGUCGUUGUCCAGCUCGACUCGUUUGGUGCACAGCAUCAAAGCAACCGAAGCUUCAAGGAGAAUAUCGGAUUACAUCUCGCUCUGUCCGAAUAUCCAGAAACAUACUCCUUGCAUCAUUCCAGCCCUGGUUCUCUGCGGUUUGAUACAGCUGGCUACUUCAAAUAGUCACUCUGAUGAGUGCUUCGACCACCACUACAACCGCAUCACGCUGAUUCUCGGCUGUUUGAAGAACUUGAAGAGGACCUGGAACUUGGCAGAUUCUGCUUACCACCGCGUCCGAUCAUGCGCCGCAACUCUCAUCUCAGAGUCAAUGGACAGGUGGAAUUCCGAGCCUCUAUCGAAAUCCAUCGCCUUGACUACUUCAACGCCGAGUGAAUCUGGCCAAGCAAACAACAGACCUGCGGACUCGACGGUAGUGCAAGGGGCACAAGAAACGACAAUACCAGAACUAGACCCGGGUUUCAUCGACCGGUUAUGCUAUAGUUCUUCACUCUUUAGCUCGCUUCCUGAUUUUGACAUUAGCUAA